GGCUGAAGUACCUUCCCGAGCCGCUAUAGAUCGACGUGGUACGAAGGUCACGCUCACCUACCUAACAUACAUGGCCUUUUUCUCAUAGGCCCCGGCCCCGCAGCCCUGCUAUGUCUCGUCUCACACCUUUCCGCUUUUCUUCUUUUCUUUACUAAGAAUCUUCAACUUCUUCUCAUCAAAUCGAGACACCUGAUGAGAGAUUUCCCACUGUGAAACAAAGACAAAAAAUGGCUCGUUCAGAAUCGCGGCGCUCGUAUUUUCGACGCUCUUUCACCGGUAUCCUACAGACAAUAUUUGCGCUCGUCCUAUUCGCCAUCUUCGUCAUCGCGUGGUUGGUACAAGCUGGUUCAAUCAAACUUCCCCAGUGGGCGAAAGCUUUGGACGGUGUUACGCCUGAAGUUCAGGCAACCUAUACUGCUGCUCUAAUCCCAGCGGUUUUGAUUGUCGCAUUGCUCUUCUUCUCCGCUGGGUUGUUCAUGAUGAUGAAAGAACGGAGUGAAAACAGGAGCAGGGUUAGCACUGUUUAGAAAUCGCCUUAUGGAUGUUUGCGUCGCACAGAAGAGUGGGCGGCGGCCAAGAGUUGAUAACGAGGAUACGCCUUGGGGGAGUAGCGUCGGCACUUUGC